GAUUUUGUUUUACUUAGAUUCAAUACAAAACUUCACCCAAAUUUUCCAUUUCAGCUCACUUUGCCGUCGUUCAAAUGCAAGAAGCCCGGGGCCCAAUGCUGUCGGUCGUGCCGCAUCAGAAGUGGGUUCAGAAGGAUGGGUUGAUGUGGCCAAACAAAAAUGCGAUAACGCUCUUCAAGGAUGCAUCAUCAAAGCCAUCACAUACUUGGACAAAAAUCCCUUGUGUUGUGAAGAAAAAGAACAUUGCUACCUACGAGAAAGCGCAGCAGGAAGCAGCAGAACUUUCAGGAUUGUCGACGGACACAUCGGAUUUUGCUCCGCGGAAAAAGCAGAAAAAGGUACACAGAAGUCAACCUGCCCAAGGAUAUGAUUUUAAUGAUAUGCUCAGCCAAGCUGGUCCAUCCUCUGCAAGUCAGCCGCAACCAGGCGUCAAACAUUUGGUCAUCAGCAGAAAGUCGAUGGUCCCGAGGCAAACGCCCCUUUCUUUUGUCAUGAAGGCUGUGACUAGUAAACCAGCACCCGGACCGACUCAACUGGCAAUGGGACAGAGUCCUGCUCAGCUGGAACAAGCUCCGGCCACUCAUGCGAUGGCUCAUUCUGCAUCAAUCAUCCCAGUUGCCCCGUCUGAUCCAGUUGCAGCGGCUGUCGACAUGCAUCAAAUCGUCGAACAAUCUGAAAUGUCGCUGCUCAGCGCAUCAGAGGUCGAAGUUUUACUACAGAAUUCUCAAGAAGAGGGACUUGAAUCGCAAGUUGCAGAGGAGGAGGUCAGCUAUCAUGAUGAAUACGUGAACAAUUAUGAUGAGGAACAAAAUUCGGAAAAAAAAUCGUUCAGGCGAUCGAGCAAGCGAGUGAUCGAAUUUUUCAAGCUGUCGCAAGAAAGAUGGACGAAUCUUUCACGAAAUCGGUUGCAAAAAGCAACGACUUGAAGAUAGAAGCCACCCUGCGUGUUCGCCGCCAUGACAACGACACAACUGACCAAAACUUCAAAUUUUCGCCUGCGUCGACUGUACAGGAAAUUGAGCAACUCGAAACGGAGUUGGCAAAUACAUCUUAUCAGGAGAAGCUUGUGAGUAUAUCUAGUAAAUGUAUGAAUGAUAGUGUAUAUGGGAUUUGACAUAAGUCAGUACCCACGACCUCCUCCUCAGGAGGCAAAUUUUAAUAAAAGUGUAUUGCUGACUGCAUCCCAAAUUGGACUGACACAAUAGUGUGCACACACCUUCAAAGUGUGAUUGCAGCGCAGGGCCACGUCUGAUCGAGUUGAGGUCUUCGGUGAACUUAUUCCUUGUAAAUGGAGGAAUAAGUGCACCGAGGACGUCGAGACGAUCCUAGGCAAAUGUGCACUUUUAUCACACUUUUUAGGCGUACCAAUAAAAGUGUGAUAGUCCAAUUUGCAGGUGAGUCGCAAAUAAAACUUCUAAUCUUCAGUAUUACUGUGUCAUGAUUAACAACAAGUCCUUCUUCGAUGAUUGGAAUUAUUUCAUCCACAAAAGGCGUAAGGAAUUCUUCGAGAUCAGCGGGUUUGCUUUUACCGAGAAAUAUACCUAUAGGCAAUGUUUGUAGAUUUGGAUACUCAUGUACGUUACACAAAAUGGGCCAGAGUUGAAACUUUGAGCUCUUAUGGAUAGGCAAACCAUCAAUAUUAAAACUAAUACUAAUAUUGAUAUCUUCAGAUAGAUCUCCAAACCAAUUUGUUAAACACUGUUUGACGCCGUGAUGCCAAUAUGUACCACCAGCUAUUGGUAGGCAUCGCUUUCCCGUGUUUUGCGGAGUGUUCAAAAGGGUUCUGGGGUCUUGAGGUAGACUAGUAUCGUUAUAUUCUACUGAGAUCAAAUGUAGCAAAUCCUUCAAAGCGAUAUGAGUGAUAUUGUGAUCAAGUGCCCAAACUCGCAGUGCUUGUUCCGAUCUACCUCUUCCUUCAGAGACAUCAGGAGCAGAGGACACCUCGCAUGACACGUCAUUUGAUGGACAUGAAACGUUGAUUAUGUCUGUAAGGUUGUUUUGAUCAAAUUCGUUGGCGACGCUUUGGCUGCUAUGAUCCGUAGCGCUACUUCUAACUGGACCGUCGUGACAUUCACCUGUUACGGAGAAAAUAUUUUACACAGAUUUACAAACAACAAAGCAUUUCGGAAUAAAUCUUAUUACUUACUCGUCUGAUCAAAGGUCUCUACAGGGUUCUUUAUCAAAAGACGCGACUUGUCUGGAGAACAUUUAAGCCCAGUAGAACGUGGCCGAGUUUCCGAGGGGUCUUUGCAGUAGGUUCCGGAAAACAGAUGUUUCAUUGCAAUCUCAUAUUUUUCACGCGUAUUCUUCAGUUUACGAUAGUAUGAUCCACUCUUUCGAUAUUUUUUGUAUAUUUUGUCCAUUUUCGGUACUAUUUUCUCUAGUCAACUCCAAAUUACUUCAAUGCAGAACUUUACUGAAAAUGUUCCAGUCGGCGUAAAUUGUUGCUUUGCUGAUUUUUGUUUAUGCUGAAUAAGGUAUUUGCACAUUGUCUUAAAAGACACAUUACACAGUUGUUAUUGUAAAUCAUACGACGAGCCGUAUAAGAUUUGGAGUAUACGUUGAAUAGACUCAUUUGAAGCACACCAAUCAGCAAGCCGUGUGGUAUUGAAUAAUAAAGCUGUACAAUGUUUAUAUGAUAAAUAAUAUGGUUAAUAUCCUGCAAAUGCAAAUAGCCACAUAGUAGCAUCACAAUCAAUAGGUACGACAUUUGUCCAGCAUAUUGUUGGACACACUUUAUAAUACCAAUUUAAUUGGUUUUCCAAGCACUUUUAUAGCACGUAGUAAAACUGCUAUUCAGCAUUAAGAGCCAACAUUGUAUAUACACUAGUCAAGCGCUAUAUCUAAAGACAUUCGACAGCAAAUUUAUUUAGUUGUAGAAAAAUAAUAAAAACACCUAAAAACUGUUUAUAAAGCAAAUUAUUAAGCCAAAGGUAUAAGUCGAUAUAGUGCUAUAAUGUUGAAGGGAGCUACCUUUAUACAUUACAUUAUUCAACAAGACUUUUCAAUCAGCAAACAAUGCUAUUAUACGAUUAUUAUUCGACCUACUAGUUUAAUAAGAGAUUGUGGUUGUUUCUUGGGUUGGCCUAGUUUGCUAGGUUUGUGACACAAAUUUCGGAGCUUUAGUAUACGAGAAUUUUCAACAGAAUAUGAUGGGUAGUGAUACAUUACAAGGUCAGCAAUGCAAAAAUAUCAUUUUUACUCCGACAUACGGUGUUGUGAUGAUGACGACAGCCAUGACGGCCAACAUUUAGACCCGCCACACCGUUUGCCCCGGCCCGCAUCGGAUCAAUCCGGUUGUCCUUGGUAGUGGAGGUACCUUGACUACACCACCGACCGGCACCGAGAUCCUAACCAACCGACUGAUGAUGACGACGACGCGCGACGGUACGAUGGUCGUUGUUAUGCUACCGGAGGUGGUGGAAGCGAAACCACAAAACACGUCACAGACUGUCAAACUGCCUCUGGCUAGCCGCGUUGGAUCCAGCGCAGCGGGGCGAGCCCCAACAUCAAGUCCUUUUUCAUGUUUUAUAAUAAGUUUUAAAACGGUAGGAGUCAAACUACACGGUGUGCUUGUGUCACUUCGAAAUAUGUAGAAGAAUUUGAAGGAGAUUUUUUCGCCAGUUAUUUUGAUUAAAGUCACGGAAAUUUACAUUUUAGGACCUAUUUUCCAAGGAUGCCAUUUUCCUUCACAAAUAGAUGAAAUUAGUUAUGUACGUACAUGUGGGCCUGUCUGCUCAGAGAGACCAACGACAGUUUCGAAUUUUCGGAAGGAUAGCUGUUCAUUCACAUUUGGCCCCGCAUGCUGCUGAUGUGUGCUGGCAGGAUGAAUCGGAAAAUAAUGCAGUCAACCGUGUGGUGGUAAUUUACACGGUAAAUAUACGCAAGCACAUACUACCUACCUAUCCGUCAGCCUCUGUGCUGGAACCUCCAACCAGAUCAAUAAUUAGCCCGAACGUCGUCGUCCGCUGCUGGGGGAUGAAAGUGAAACUUGUCUCCUCGUCUCUGGGCUGGGCGUCGUCGCUUUUCGGUUCACUUCAGGUGUUCUGAGAAAUGUUGCGAAAGCGAAUCGCUCGAAAGCGGGCUGGCAGAUGUUUUCUCGCUUGGAAGGACUUUCGCAAACUGUAAGCUCAGUCACUCCAGUCAGCCAGCCAGGUGUAUCGACCGGAUGGAAUGCUUACUUAUCGGAAUGAAUGGUGAAGUAAUAACUAGAUUUAAGUCAAUGCCACUGCUUUACGCGAUGCUGGAUACUAAAAGGCAGGCGGUGAUUUCAUCAUGUCAUGCGUUCGGUAUCCUA